AAAAGGAAAAUUCCUGUGUAGAGUGGACAAUGCCGAGGGCGCGCAUCCUGGAAGUGGUGCUCAGACGGACAGAGGUCGCCCCCUUCCCUCGGACUCCAUACGACGGAUCCGAGCUAUAAUCAUGGCCGGAAGCUCAGAUUCGAUUGGAGACGAGACGACUGGUUGACAGCUAGGACUACGUGUACUGGAGCGACUGGAACACUAGAGGACAUUGAUCAAGACGGGCCAAUCACACUGAUGUCGACAAGGAUAUGCUCUGCAUGCCCCCAGCUACGACAGACUGCCCGAAUGUGCCGCUGCCGGUGUCCGGCAAGACGACAAGACCGGAGUGGAACGGCGUGCAUCCGGCCUGUAGGCUAGAUAAUUUUAAGUGGCGGGAAUAGUGACAUGAACAACGACUGUAUAUCCGCCUCCAGGCGCUGUGACGAAAAGACAGCCGGCGUAUCAGUUCAGCGGACAGUCAGGCGAGGGCAGCGACAAGGCUCUGGUCUGCGAUGGUACAACCAACUGUGACAAUGGCCACGAUGAGGUCGACAGCAGACUUUCAGUGUCACAUCAACAACUUUGCAUUGGCCGCCCUGCUCUACGAUGGCUGGGAACUGAACCGAUGGUGCGAACGAUUCGUUCGAUAUUUUUAUUGCAGGGCGGCGCUUGGCCCUGCCUCGGAUGUUCUCGCGCACCGAGCCAAAGAAUCGAGCUCAGCUUUAAUGGCUCCAUCGAAGAAAAUAAAUAAGGUGGGGCCCAAAGCACCUUGCGAACUUGUGCAGCAACCGUCUCGUAUAAAGGUAUUCGUCAUUUGCAUCGCUGGACCUAGGGCUUCCAGCAAACCUUCUGCAGGGGUCGAUCUGGUGGAACACCAUGGAUGAGUCGCCCCAUCAACAGCGGCCAUCGCUGCCUACAAAAUCUUUAUAAAUCCCUAUGUAACAGCACUGUACA